CGAAAUGGCUCUCUGGAUGCAGGCGGGAGUUGGAGGCUGCUGAAAUCCAAGCAGCGGUGAGCCGAAGGUGCAAAAAGAGAAAUGAUGUCGGAUAUAUAUAUAUAUAUAUAUCCAUCCAGCUUUUAUAUUGGGGGGGGGGGAGCGUAGGGAUGCAAAGAGGUUGGAGGGUGGAAGAACAGAGAGGGGGACCUUUGCAGACCCUCCGCCUAAGGGAUAGGAAACUGGGGAGACUGGCUCUGGUUGUAACCUGCCAUAUGCAUAUUAUUGCAUUGCCGGGGUUGGACUAGAUGAUCCUCAGGGUCCCUUCCAACUCUGUGAUUCUAUGUAGAAGUCAACUGACUUGUCCCUCCAGCCCCUGCCUUCGCCAGCCUGCUGUCUUCCGCUCCAGGCGUUUUGGGCUACAACUUCCAUCAGUCCAAAAUCCCUUGACAGAGGAACGGUCUCCCUUGGGAGGUUGUGUGUGUUCAUAUCUUUAAAAAACCCAUUGGAAAGUAGGAUCUCGAUGAUUAAUUGCUGCUUAUUGCCCUAUGCAGCCUAGGACCCACGUCCCUACGGGACCGCCUCUCCUGGUAUGCCCCGCGGAGGACCUUAAGGUCCACAAAUGACAACAUUUCGGAGGUCCCAGGUCGCAAGGUGAUUAGAUUGGUCUCAACUAGGGCCAGGGUCUUUUCAGUACUGGCCCCGACUUGGUGGAAUGCUCUGUCACAAGAGACCAGGGCCCUGCGGGACUUGACAUUUUCUUUUCUUUUUUUUAAAUGAUUAUUAUUGAAAAAAUUUUAGAAUUACAAAAAAAGACAAAACAGAAAAAGAAAAAAUGAAUCCAUCAUUCCCAAAUUCUCAACUUUCAUUACCUUCUUUCUUUGACCUCCUCCUCCUCCCUUUUCUUGUAUCCUAAUUAAUAAUUAUCGCAGCAAAUCCUUUCCAUAAUUCAUAAUAUUCUGUCAUUACAUUACCUUAAUCUAUUUUCAUCUUAUCUUAUAAAAAACCUUAAAGCUUAAAACUUAAAUCUUAUUUUUACCAACUUCUCAUUACCAUAAUAUUCUUACCUAAUUCUUUAAACAUUUUUGCUAGAGCCAAGUAAUUUCAUUUCAACAUUUUUCUAACAUUCAUCAAUUUUAUAAAACAAUCCUAAUGAUAGAAAAAAGAAAUAAGAACAAUCCAAUCUUCAUCCAGCAUCCCUUCCUCCUGGUCCCGGGUUUUGUCAGUCCUUUUUAUCCCAUCGAUCUAGCGCAUUAACCUGGUAACCUUAUAUCCGAGGCCCUCAAGUCUCUUCCAUGUCCCUUCCGUGGCUCUUCUUCAUAUUUUCCUUUCACUCGUGGGAACUCCAGCUUGGUAAUGUUUUUGACCCUUUUCAACAAAUCAGCCCCUUUUCCAUAGUCCAGACUAAACUCCAUGUGGUAUUUAAAAACAUGUUUCAGAUUCCCUCCAAAAUUGAGAGCCCCCACAGCUCCAAGCAUCUGACGGCCCAUUGCCAGACUCGGAAAGUCCAAACAUCCCUGCAUGGGGGGGGGUCAAUCCAACCCCCCAUUUCCAAACCGAUCCAAACUUUAUCUUUCCAAAUCUGGUUUUUUCCAAGUUCAUUUGUCAAAUCCAAAGGCUCGUGUUCCUGCAGGGCCGCAGCUUCCUCCAUCUCUGGCGCCCAAGAUUCAGCAACGUCCUCUUCUCUCAUCUGUUCUGUCAGGGCACACUCCUGUUUUAGUUCCUGGGUGGGCUCCAUAUAGUUUCCCACUGCCUGUUCAAAAGUUCUGACCGCAUUAGUCAUCAAAUCCGUCUUCUGAUUUAACUGAUCCAGUAGGGCAUUUAUUUUACAGAGAGCACACAACAGAGCUUCUGAAAACAUUGUCCUGCAAGGUCACAAGUCCUUUCCCAUGAUUGUAAUCUGUGACAGCUGCAAGCUCCCUGGAAUUAGUUACAGUUUCACAGUCUCCCUCUAGGGGGAAAACUUCUGUUUGUUCUUUCUUUUAAGGACAAUAGCAACAAAGUUUCUUUUUUGAGAUAUUUUGUCAAUAUUUGUUCCUUUAAGAUGCGAAAGGAAACAGUGGAAUCACUAUGUUACUCUUAUUUUAGCUAUCUGUCAAAAACAUUUGUCUCUGGUCAAUGAGCUUCAAACGUCAGUCCUGACACCCUGCUCCAGGAUCAGGACGGUGGAAAGUUACUUUACUUUAAACUCACUUCUGCAGGUUUAAACAAUCCAAAAAAAGAUCCCCCUUCUUCUCCUGCUACCGAAGGGGGGUUCAACAAUUUUAAAUGAUGAAAGCCAAUCCUUUAGAAGUGAUUUUCUAAGCUCUAGUUUACAUUGUCUUUGCUUUAUUCUGUCUACAAAGAAACGGAAGGCUGACUUCCUGUUUAGACCUUCCCAUUUCAGUACGAAAUUGAAGUAAAUUUUUAAGUCCAAUUCCUUUCUGCUCGCCAGUCCUUAUUUAAAGUCCAAUUGUUCAAAGUUUAAGUACUCACGGGUGAUUAUUUUAGAUGCCAAAUUGUCCCAGGAAAAAGGCACCGCUCUCUGGCAACGGCUAUGCGGCUUCGUUCCACGGAAAAAGCAGUUGACUCACAGCACCGCUCCACUUCCCCCUCUUCGCUUCGGAGCCCGUUAAUGGGUUCCUUUGCGGGUUGGGGGGGCGCUAAGGGUGCCCGCCGAGUCCCAUGGUCACAGGCUUCCUCCGCCUGUGAUUUCUAAAAGGGUCCCCGCUUCGCCGUAGCGGAAAAGACCCGUUUCGGAGCUGGUCCCUCCAGUUCAGAGGGAGUCCGCCAUUGCCGAUGGCGCCACCCCGGAAGUGGGACUUGACAUUUUCUGCAGGGCCUGCAAGACAGAGCUGUUCCGCCUGGCCUUUGGUUUGGACUCAGUCUGGCCCUUAUGUUUCCCUCCCCUUAAGGUUUUGAUCUAUGGGCUACUUUUAAAAUGAGGCUGCAUUUUAAAUUGCAUUUUAACCUACAUUUUAAAUGCCCCCCAUUAUGUUUUUACUGUAAUUUUACUGGUGUUAGCCGCCCUGAGCCCGGCUCUGACUGGGGAGGGCGGGGUAUUAAUAAUAAUAAUAAUAAUAAUAAUAAUAAUAAUAAUAAUAAUUACUUUAACGUUGCAAACUGUCCUGUCAGCUGAAGCAUUUACCCUCCAGCUCAGUAUUGUAAUGGACUCCCUUCAGAAGAGGGUGGACUCCCCUUUCUUGGAGGUUUUAAAGCAGAGGUUGGAUGGCCAUCUGUCAUGGAUGCUUUAGCUGAGUUUAUUCCUGCAUUGCAGGGGGUUGGACUAGAUGACCCUCAGGGUCCCUUCCCACUCUACAGUUCUAUGAUCUGGAGGGCACCAGGUCGGUGAUUAUGGGCUCAGCUAUACAGCCACAAAUAAAACAUUUUAAGUGUGUUUUAAAUGCAAUAUACAGUGUGACACUAGAUGGCGAUGCUGAGCCUUAUGGAAAAUUCAAUGUAUUUCUUUUAAAUGCUUUAAGAAGAAAAAAAGCUUUUGAAAGCAGGAGGUCCCAGAUUCAAUCCCCGGUGUCCCCUGUUAGGGCUGGGAGAGGUGCCUUGUCUGAAGGAGGCAUGACAGAGGUGUGUAAAAUUAGGCAUUUUGCAGAAAAAUUGUGGCUGGGAGCGGUUCAUCUCACUCAUAAAGCUAGAAGUCAGGGGCAUCUAAUGAAGCGGAAUGUUGGAGGUUUCGGAACGGGCAAAAGGAAGGACUCGUUUACACAGCUCAUCGUUAAACUGUGGAACUCCCUCCCACAAGCUGUAAUGAUAACCACCAACUUGGAUGGCUUUUAAAAAGGGUUAGGUAAAUUCGUGGAGGAUAAGGCUAUCUAUUGCUACUAGCCAUGACGGCUGUUUCCUACCUCCACAGUCAGAGGCGGGAUUACUGAAGUUCAGCUGCUGAGAAUCGCACGUGAGGAGAAUUGUGCUCCGGCGCACUAGUCCUGCUUUCAGGCUUUGCAUUGACCGCUGUGAGAACAGGAUGUUGGACUUCUUUGGCGAUCACUCGUAGCCGAGUAAGAUUGUCUUCCAUGAACACAGUCUUAACAGUGAGUCCGUAAGUCACUGGGGAGGCCAAUUCUGGAUCCUCACGUCCUUCCACAGUGGGGACAUUGGUUUCCAGGCGGGAGUUGAUCACGGUGUGGAUUUGCCAAACGUGCCUUCCUCCUAGCACGUUUUUCCCUUGCGUCAAAAGACACCUUUGGUAGAGGCUGUUCUCCAACUGGAGCACUCGCAGGCCAAUGUUUCCCAGUUGUCAGUGUUUAUACUGCAUAUUUUUUUAUUUGCCUUGAGAGAAUCUUUAAACCUCUUUUGUUGACCACCAGCAUUACGCUUUCCAUUUUUAAGUUCCCUUCCAACUCUACAGUUUUAUGAAUAGAUGGAUCUUUGGCCUGAUCCAGCAGGUUCUUAUGUUCAUUAUUGUAUAUAUGAUUUUUAUUUUUAUUUGCAUUACUUUCACCUGCUUGCCUUACCAGUUCUGGUGUGUUGUGGCUAAGCACUGGACUCAAAACUGGCAUCCAGUUCCCCCUUCACUUCCGAAGCUCACCAGCCUGCCUGGGGUAAGUCACCAUCUCUCAGCUUAUCCUACCUUCUCAGCUUGCUGUUAAGAUAAGGCGGUUUUAAACAGCUAGAUUCCAGAGAGUUUUCACCAAAAAUGUGUUUUCCAGAGAUCCCCACUUCCGUUACUUUGUAGGGAAACAUUCUGCACUAUUAUUAUUAUUAUUAAUAUUAUCUGUCCUUCAUGCUAAGGUCCAGGAUGGGUUACAGCAACAAUAUUAAAAAACAGUGGUAGGAAGUAGGGGGAGGAGAGGUGGGGAAAUAUUGUUAAAAAGGUGUAGUCAUAGGUAUAGUAAGGGUAAAGGGACCCCUGACCAUUAGGUCCAGUCGUGACUGACACUGGGGUUGCGGCACUCAUCUUGCUUUACUGGCCGAGGGAACAGGCAUACAGCUUCCGGGUCAUGUGGCCAGCAUGACUAAGCCGCUUCUUGCGAAGCAGAGCAGCUCACGGAAAUGCCAUUUACCUUCCCGCCGGAGCGAUACCUAUUUAUCUACUUGAACUUUGACAUGCUUUUGAACUGCUAGGUUGGCAGGAGCAGGGACCGAGCAACGGGAGCUCACCCUGUCGCGGGGAUUCAAACUGCUGACCUUCUGAUCGGCAAGUCCUAGGCUCUGUGGUUUAACCCACAGCGCCACCCACAUCCCAGUCAUAGGUAUAUCAGUAUUCAAAUAUGAAUUGUCAAAUUGUGUUAUUAGUGUUAUUAUGGUUUUUGUUGUAUGUGUCUUUUGCGGUUGUUGUUUGAAUUGAAAAAGUGAUUAAAUAAUUUUAAAAAAAAUAUUAAAAACAGUUUGAAACAACUUAACAGAUUGCUCUUGUUUUCUUCUGACAGGAGGAAGAAGCGCUUGGAUAUCCCAUCCGUGGCCAAGGGUAGCUCCCAAGCGCCGUUGCGGAGAUAACUUUGCCCUGUAUCCCUCUGAACUCUCCCUGUCAUACUGUAGUAGCUGGGUGCACUAAUCCGAUUGGCUGGAUUCCUCUCCUGCAUUAGCCCUCAGGGGCGGAAGUGCUGCUCUGAGUUCGAAUUCCAUCUACCCUUCCCAACUGCAAGAGCCCCAGUUCCCAAAUGGCGGAAGGGAGGGAGGGGGAGUUGCAGGCCCCAGAUCUCCGCUUCCAGGCGGCGCUGGAGCAGGAACUGAAGCUGGGCGUGAAAACGGAGAGGAAGGACCCAGCGGGUCCCAAGUCUGAGAUGGGAUCCAAGGGACUGAGGAAAAAGCCCCACCCUUCUGCUCAGGCGGGACCUGCGGGGUGCGAGGACCUGCAGCAGGUCUGGGAGGCCCAGUGGCAGGCCUUCCUCAAGGCGAUGGAGUCACCCCACUCUGAAGCGGGGAGCUCGCAGCUGGCGGAAAUGGCUCCCUGGGCGGACCUGAGGACUUCCCUAGCCCCUUUUGAGGCCAUCACUGGAGCCAGCCAGCCUCCAAAAGAAGGGUACCUCCUUCCGAUCCUCAACGGGGCGAGCCGCCAGGUCCGCGUCAACCUCGAUCUGAGAGAAAAGGGCCCCUACACCAAAGUGAAGGAGGAGAAGGAGGCCCUCAGCACAGAGGGCCACCGGCAACGCUUUAGGCAAUCGCACUGCCACCAGGCUGAGAGCCCCCGCCAGGCCUGCAGCCGGCUCUGGGAGCUUUGCCGCCAGUGGUUGAAACCGGAGAGACGUACCAAAGAGGAGAUCCUGGACUUGCUGGUCUUGGAGCAGUUCCUGGAUGUCCUGCCUCGAGGGAUCCAGAAUCGGGUGAAGGAUCAGGCUCCUGAAACCUGUGCCCAGGCGGUGGCCCUGGCAGAGAAUUUCUUGCCGGCUCAGGCAGAGGCAGGGAGUUGGGUAGAGCAGGUGAGGCUGUUUCCUUUCUUUUUAAAAUAAUAAUAACAAUAAUUUGUACUUUGAAAUAUGCACAAAUCGAAGUCAACAAAGUUCCCAGUCUAAUAUUUCCAAAAUUUGUGUUGCAGUGGUUCACAAAAAACGCCCCCUCUCAACAAAUGUGUUGUAAAAUAUACUGCUCCUCUUAUGAGUCAAAUCAACUGAUUUGUGCAUUUUUGCAAAUUUAAGACAUUUCCAUAGGCAUUCCCAUAUAAUUGGAACCUGAUAAUCUUUACACUUUCAAGCCCAGACUGCUCUGGCUGCCAUCACAAAGGUUGCUUUUGUUUGUUGGUUGGUUUGUUAAAAGGCUGUUGUUUUGCAGAUAUUUCCCUCUCAAUCAAAUAAAAAAUAAUCAACUGGGGGAGAGUUUUCUUCUGUCAUUGAAUUUAUAUGAUGCAGGAUUUGUCUCCAAAGGCAUGCUGACACUCCCACAGCAUAUACGUUAUGUUUGCAUUGUCUGUUAAAACAACUUCAGACAUUUAAACCAAGUAUCCUUAUAGGAGGCUGUUUGCAUCCUGGGAAUCCUGAACUAUCCAUAGCUAGUAGCGAGAUCAAGAACCAAAGGAAGCUACCUUAUGUCGUGUCAAACAGUUAAUACAUCUUGCCCAGUUAUCGCAGUGUUCUUCAAAACGUGGGCCUCGGACGUUGUUUGGACUACAAAUCCCAUCAUCCACAGCCAUCUUAGCCAACAACGAGGGAUGAUGGGAUUUGUAUUCCAGCAACUUCUGGGGACCUAAGCUUGAAGAACUCUGGUCUACACAAAGUGUGUCUAAAUGCUGUGAAUAACACAAGUCAUUGAACAACAUGACCCCUGCUGUUUCAGGGCCCAGGUCUCUUUCAGAAGGUGAUUGUGAAUGUCCCAGGUGAGGCAACUACUUUGGGAGAUGCAGGCAGGCAGAUCUGGAACAUGGUGAAACAUGAGCGUGGAGGAAAUGCUGGCUCAGGGGGUAAGUAAUAUAAUAAUAAUAAUAAUAAUAAUAAUAAUAAUAAAUAUUUAUACCCUGCCCAUCUGGCGGCUCCCAACAGCUUAAAAACAGAAUAAAACAUCAAACAUUAAAAACUUCACUCAACAGGGAUUACUCCAUGCUAACUGUAGAGCAUUCUAUAGUCGGGUAGCUACCAUGGAAAAGGCCCGUUUUCUUGUUGCCACCCUCCGAACUUCUCUGGGAGGGGGGACAUAAAGAAGGGCCUCAGCUGACAAGCGCAGGGUCCAGGUUGUUUUGUAUGGGAAGAGGUGAUGAUGAAGAAGAUGGUGAUGAUUUAUACCCCGCCCAUCUGGCUGGGUUACCCCAGCCACUCUGGGCGGCUCCCAGCAGAAUAUUAAAAACACGAUAAAAGAUCAAACGUUAAAAACUUCCCUAAACAGGGCUGCUUUCAGAUGUUUUCUAAAAGUCAGAUAGUUGUUUAUUUCCUUAACAUCUGAUGGGAGGGCGUUCCACAGGACGGGCACCACUACCGAGAAGGCCCUCUGCCUGGUACAAUACUUGAUACUUAAGGUGUUGAUGUUCUUAUAUUUCAUCUCUCUCCUUCUUCCUUCAGGUAAGCAGUAUGUGAUGCAGAAAGAGGAUCAUGGGCAAGAAAGCUCUGAGCAAGAACCGCAAGGGAUGCUGGAGGAGAGAGAGACAGCCAAUGGGCUCAAGCCCUGCAAGCAGGCAGGGUCGAAUGAGGGUCUGUGUGGGCCAUGGAGGCAAGAACAGGCAAGCUGUCCGAGGCAGAGGAUGGAUCAGCUCAUUCCUAGCAUGGGCCUUUACCAAGAACUGAGUGGACUUCUUACCAGGGAGAGGCCUGUGACCCUGACCGAAUACAGACGGACUUCCAGCUCCAAGGCAAGCGAGAGGACCGAGGCAGAAGAGAAACCCUUCAAAUGUGUGGAGUGCGGGAAGGCCUUCCGCACAAAGGACAAGCUCAUCCGACAUCACAAGACCCACACGGGAGAGAAGCCGUACGGUUGCUUGGACUGCGGCAAAUCCUUCAGCACUAAGUACGGGCUUUUCCGGCACUACCGAAUCCACCGGGGAGAGAAGCCGUACGGAUGCUCGUACUGCGGCAAGUUCUUCCGGAUGAACUACGACCUCAUCCGCCAUCACCGGGUCCACACAGGGGAGAAGCCCUUUGAGUGCUCGGACUGCGGGAAGUCCUUCGGCAUGAACUCCGACCUCGUCAGACACCAGAGGAUCCACACGGGGGAGAAGCCCUUCCAGUGCUUGGACUGUGGGAAAACCUUCAACGUCAAGGGCAGCCUUGUCUCCCACGUCCGGAUACACAAGGGCCUGAAGCCGUACAGGUGCGGCGAGUGCGGGAAAUGCUUCAACCAGAGUUCGAAACUGAAGGCCCACGUGAGAAUCCAUGCAAGGUAGAAACAUGGAACAAACGUCCCGGACUCUGGUAGUCCUAGACCUUCAGUAGUCGCUCCGGUCUCUGACUGCACGGUCGUCUCCUCCUGUAUGGAUUUUUCCGGAUGCGGAUGGAGGCAUUACUCUGAGCCCCUCUAGGAAGUGAAGUGGUGCAGUGCUGGGAUUCAGACCAUGACAACUGCGAAGUGCUCUGCCCCAAGAAGCCUACUAAGCCUCUUUGCUAGCUAGCUGGUCUAGACACUCCUAUUUCUGAGGGCUGGUGCCAGUGGAGACUAGUCCGUCAGGGUGAAUGGGGCACUGUCCCACCAACCUCAGUCUAGCCUUUCUCAUGAGAACGUAGUGUCAGGAGCGAGCCAGCAGUCAAUCACACUGUGCAAGUUGCCAUUAACUCUUUAAUAUCAAAAACAUGAUCUGCACCAACUUGGCAGAGUGUCAGGCCUAAUGAGCACAGCAACGCAUCCCUGGUAGGUCGUGCUCCCAUGAAGCAGUUGCUGAGAUUGAAGGUUCCUGUCUCCCCAUAGCUGCCAAAUCCCCUCCUCUCCAGGGUUUUCCCCAAGCAAUUGAAGACUGAGUCUGUGCAUCACCACUCUCUCCUCCGCCCUUUUGGUUCUGGGAAACUAGGGGAAAAGGGCGCUCGUUGCAGCAGGAAGAGGAGAAACCCGUGACACUUCCCCAGCCUUCUCUACUUCUUGGCUUCCGUCAUCUCACCCUCCUGCAUCGGCUUCUGCCCCUGAUUCUGCACUGCUCUCUGCCUCUGCCUCUCCCAGCUCACUAAGCCCUGUUGCUUCCUCAGCCUCUGACACCUUCUCUUCCCAGUCUUCUCCCUUUGACUGCUCAUCGUUGUCCCACCACCACUCCCCAGGCUCUGGGUCUUCUUCCCACUACUGGAGCAUCCUGUUUCCGAAGCGGAUGCCACUGGGAAGCCCAUCAGCCCUCUUCCAAUUGUUGCUUUCCAGCAACUAGUGUCAACCAGAGGAAUGUGGCCUCUGAUGCUGGAGGUGGAAUUCGUGUCUAUAAGGUCUAUAAGAUGCUGGAUUUCGUGUCUAUAAGAACAAUUACCCCUAAGUGCACCUCGAGCAGCAUAGACUCUGAAGUAGCAUUAAUUGGGGAAAUCCUGUGGCAGGGGAGCCAUCACUUACUAAGGCCAGGAGAGUGGAGGGCGGGGGCUAAUAGGUGGCCCUUCAGCGGCUAAGAACAUAAGAAGAGCCUUCUGGAUGAGGCCAGAGUGGCCAAUCUUAGUGCAGCAUCCUGUUCUCUCAGUGGCCACCCAGAUGCCUAUGGGAAACCUGCAAGCCGAACCUGAGCACAAGAGCUGUCUGAUAGCCUUGUCAAUUUGUCCCAUCUUUUAAAGCCAUCCAUUUUGUUGUCCAUCACUUCCUCCUGUGGGAGCAAAUGUCAUAGUUCAACUAUGGUGGUAUUCAACUACUGAAGUUAAUGGAACUAACUUAGUCAUAUUUAUUCAUUUUAAUAGGUCUGCUCUGAGGGAAAGUGAAUGCCAACCAUGUAUUUUUAACUCCUGGUUUAAAAAAUAAAUAAAUGCUUGGGUGUGGUGGGUUGGUGUUUUUUUUAUGUCAACUUGUUUUUGACUACUGACUUUGGCUGCUAAUUGCAUUUUAUGUUCCAUGUAAAUCACUUAGAGGUUUCAACAAUUAAGUGACAUGUCAUUUUAAAUAAAGAAACAAAUACACUGU